CUCUUCUUUUCCGAUUGACUGAAAGCUGAAUCUGGCCUGAAUCUAUAGUCUGUCCAGUCUAAAUUAUGGAACUUCAUGGUUUCAAAAUUGUGAACGAGUGUCUUCUUUUUACGACCUUAUGAAGAUCGAUUUUUGGUACAGAAUUUCAACAUGGCAGCCCACAUGAGGCGAUGUCUGCUUGCCACAUCACAGAUCCAUCUGACACAGGUUCGUUAUCGCAGACCUAAUAUACAGAAACCUCGACCUUCUACAAGAGAGCGACGUCUGUUUGAGGCCAUUACUCAACCAAUUCUACUCCCUGAAGUACAAAAACUACAACCUGUGAAGGUUAAGCAUAUCAGCCCAGGAAAGAAUGAACAGCCAAGUGACUUCGAGCAGUUCCUCAUACGUCAGUGUAAGAAAAUGUUUGAAGACCACAAAAUGGUUAUAGUAUGCCAGCCACUGCCGAUGUCUGAAAAUGAGAAAAGAGAGAUCCGAAAUAAAUUUAGGGAUGCUGGUAUGGAUCUUCUUCAUCAUGGAAACAAGUUAAUAAGGCCGGCCGUGAUGGACACAAGACUGACCAAUCUACUCCCUUUCUUCACCGGGCAUAAUCUAUUCAUUGUCAGCACGGAACCCCGUGUUGCUGAAAUGGUAAAAAUUGUAAGACGGAUUCCACAGCUCCAUCUACUAGGUGGGCUUGUGGACAACUACAUACUGAGUAAAGAGGCGCUAAUAAGAAACUCCAAACUGCCGCCCCUCGAUAUCACCAGGGGUCAACUUGUCACACUGUUAAACAUGGGGGCUGCCAAGACACAUUCGUUGCUAGGCAGCCAUCAACAAACACUUUCAAGGAAUUUAGAACAGUACAUCAAGGAUCAGCAGGAGAAGAACAAUAAUUCAUAGAAUAUCGGGAUUAAUUCUGUUUGUGAUUCGUGCGAUGAAAAAAAAGUCUACAUGAUGGCUGACUUCUCCAGGAAGUUCUUCUUCACAGAAGUUUGACCAAAAAAACAGAGUGCUUACUUAGUCAUUUAAAUGUAAAAUAAAUAAGAAUUGCAUUUGAAGUGCUAAACAUGCCGAAUGUUAAUAAGAAAUAGAGCUUUUGGCAUGAUAAAAUGCAUGGUGCAAGGAUAGGUAUUCAAACAUACUAUAUAUUAUAUAAUUUCUCAUUCUAAGGGCAUACAUCUGUUUCUUUCAUAUUGUCCUGUGAUUUAAAGCAAAAACUACUUUUACAUAGUAAUGAUCAUGUUUACUACAUCCACGUAAAAAUGUAAGCAGUAUUCAAUCAAGAAUGAUACCUAUUAGUGUCUUUCUGGGUAUCUAGGUGAAGAGGGUUUCCAAAGCAACUCAUUGUAGGGAAAAAUUGUGAGAAGAAUUUCAUGUCUGUAAAGGAAUGGCUGUAAAAUGAACUGAAUUGUUGGAGUGUUUGGUUGUAAAUAAAUAUCACACAGAAUUA